AUGGCAGACACAGGAGCUAAGGAAAAUCAAGUGAAUGACAAAAACCAGCAUUUUUUGAAGGUCUCACGAGCAGAUGUUGAUCAACUUGUAACAGAGAUUAUGCAAGUCAAGGAAUUUUUGCCAAAGGUUUUAAAAUCUGAUCUUUUAGGGUUGUAUAAGAAACUGGAUCAUUGCGAGCAAGAACUUGAGGUCUUGGAGGCAGAGAACAGAAAACUAAGGCUUGAGCUAGAUCAAAUGAGAAAGCAGCACGAUUCAGAAAUUGAAGCAAUGAAGAAACAAAAUAACAGCCUUCUUCUCGAUGGUGAGAGAUGCAGGCAGGAAAAGUAUGAGCUCAAGUGUCAGCUGUCAGAAGCAAGCCAACAAAUGAGUGAUCAAUCUGAUUAUUGUUCUUCUAUGGGUGCAGCCGUUUGUACCCUGCUAUGGAGAGUUUCUCGUCAACAGGAGUUUGUUACUUCCCUGUUUGGAGGGGUAAAGUUUCUUCAAAUUACAUCUCGAACCGUUGAGAGUUACUUUGACUCUUGUGCUAGAGGAGAGGAAGCGAAAGAAAACUCAGAAGAAUUUCAGUUUGUUUUGGCUCUUGUUGGAAUUAUCACCAACAUGGCAGCUGGUGCGCAGGGUCGAGAAUUCCUGGUAACGAAGGACUGUGGGCGUGUAUUGAUUGACACGUUUAUGGCAGUACUGGGUGGGUCUUCCGCGGGAAAAAAUGUCAAGAUGAGAAAUUUGAUACUUAUGGCGUUGUAUAAUGUUAGUAUCAACGUAUCUGGGCUCCAGUACGUCAUGAAGAAGCCAGGAAUUCUAGACAACCUUAUGGAAAUAAUUCGGGAUUUUCCACUGUACCUCUCAAGACUGUUGCAGUCCAUCGUCAUGGAGCCGAACAGUUUAUCAAGUGAAAUCCUUGACUCAAUUUCUUUACCAACGCUCCAAAACCUUGCACGAACAGCUAAGGGAGAGUUGCGUGAUACGCUGUUGGAAGUAAUGUCAGACCUGCAAUCUUACCACACUGGAUACUAACAAUGCUACUGUGGGAUUCGCAUCGCUUUGUAAGAUAGCUUAACCGAAAGCAUUGCUAUCUUUUGUGUUUUACCCAAUGUAGUUAGGAAGGUAUCACAGCAACUUAAAAAAAGCAACUAAAUCACUUGAGUUAUUUGUG